UCCUCCUCCACCACCACCACCGGACGGCAGACAGAGAAACGGAGAGAGCCAAUAGAAAAAUCCCCUCUUUUCCAUCAAUCAAUCGCGUGGAGGAAAAGAGAGGAAGAAGGAGGAAGGAACCGACGAAGGACAAGCUAAUCCUCUCCCCUCCGCUCCAAUCCUCGCCGCCUCCCUCGCCGGGACGCUACGCCACGGUACGCGCGGGAUCAGCAAUAAAGCAGAGGAAUUUCGGGCGGAGGAUCUCGUUGCUCCUUCUUCUACUUCUUCUUCUUGAUUGAUCGGCCGAUAGGCGCGCGGGCCGGGCGGAUCCAGCGGCAGCCAUGAUGAUGGUGGACACGGUCAGCGCCAGCACCUCCUUCAUCGCGCGCCACCCCUUCGACCACCACCGGCCCCGCCGGACGCUGCUCCACGUCGUCAGCUGCCGGCCCCUCCGCACGCCCUUCGCGGGCCGCCGCCUCGUGGCCAGGAGGCAGCCGUCGCUUCCUGCGCAGCAGCGGCUCGCGGACUGGCCCGUCAGGGCGCUCGCGGCGGUCGGGUUCACCAAGGAGGCCGUCCCGCGCAAGGACUUCCGUGGGAUCCCAGGGGACGGCGACAACGGAUUAGGGACCGACGACGAUGCCCCCCCUGCCGCGACGCCGUCGUGGCCGCCGCGGAACAGGGCGGACGACCCGAGCCUGCACAACCCCCUGCUCCGCCUCGAGCGCAUGGGCUGCGGCUGGGUCGGCGUCAUCUUCGAGUGGGAGGGCGUGGUGGUGGAGGACGACACGCGGCUGGAGCGGCAGGCGUGGCUCACCCUCGCCGAGGAGGAGAGCAAGUCGCCGCCGCCCGCGUUCGUCCUCCGGCGGGUCGAGGGGAUGAAGGCGGAGCACGCGGUCUCCGAGGUGCUCUGCUGGUCCCGGGACCCCUCUGAGCUGCGGCGCCUGGCGGCCCGCAAGGAGGAGAUCCAUGGCGGGCUCCGCGGCGCCGCCAGCCAGAUGCGGGACGGGUCGAGGGAGUUCAUGAGCACGCUCGUCAACUACAAGAUCCCCCUCGCCGUAGCCUCCACGCGGCCCCGCAAGGCCGUCGAGGCGGCCAUCGAGGCCGUCGGCGCGCGGGGGUUCUUCGACGCCGUCGUGGCGGCGGAGGACGUGUACCGGGGCAAGCCCGACCCAGAGCUGUUCCUCUACGCCGCGCAGCUGCUGGGCUUCAUCCCCGAGCGCUGCGUCGUGUUCGGCAACUCCAACUCUGCCGUGGAGGCCGCGCACGACGCCCGCAUGAAGUGCGUGGCCGUCGCGAGCAAGCACCCCGUCUACGAGCUCGGAGCUGCUGACCUCGUGGUGAAGCGGCUCGAUGAGCUCUCCAUUGUUGACCUCAAGAACCUCGCCGACAUCGAUUCCCCUGAGUUCGGCAUGGAGCCCGAGCCGGAGAUGGAGGAGGAGGAGGACGAGGCGCCACCGUCGACCGCCGUGGGCGUCGACGAUAUAUUCUUGUAGGAGGAGACUCAUGAGCCGCCGGUAUGUAUGUACAUUUGAUUUGGGUUGGCCCUUCUCCUGCUGCACGUGUGUAUGAUGGAUAAUUCAUGAUAGCGAUCAGGAAGGAAGGAAGGGCUUUAUUAUCUAUCCUUCUAAUCCGUGUUAGGUUGUGUUAUGUACAUGGAAUGUAUCUUUAGAACUCACACAAACUGUAUAUAUACUUGGAAAAAAAAUGGAUACUAUAUAUACGUCAGUGCAUCUGAACUGCAUUACCUUCCUGGUGUGGAUGGUGUAAUAGCUCAGAAGAAGGAACAUAUGUUUAUUUGCAGUGAAUAACAGAACUACAUAUUCUACU